AUGACUCGGACGAGGUCCGCCUGGAGAAUAAGAUGGAGAAGUUACCAGGGCUUAUAUGGGGACCCCGCCCUCGGCAGCGUGAAGAGACAGAAGUUCUUUGCUGUGCUGCCAACUUGCUGCCAGACCAACUGUUAUAGGACCACCUGCUGCCAGACCACCUGCUAUAGCACCACCUGCUGCCAGCCUUGCUGCCGUCCAUCCUGCUGUGGCUCCAGCUGCUGCCAGCCUUGCUGCUGCCCCAGUUGCUGCUACACAACCUGCUGCCAGCCAGCUUGCAGUGGCCCCGUGUACUGCACGAGAACCUGCUGCCAACCAACCUGCUGCCAGCCUUGCUGUCAGAACACCUGCUGCGGGUCCACCUGCUGCCAGCCUUGGUGCCAGCCUACCUGCUGUGAAACCAGCUGCUGCCAGCCUUGCUGCCGCCCAGUCUGUUGUCAGACCACCUGCUGUAGGACCACCUGCUGCCGCCCCAGCUGCUGCUGCAGCCCUUGCUGUGUUUCCAGCUGCUGCCGCCCUUCCUGUUGCUGCUCCCCUUGCUGCCAGCCAACUUGCUGUCAGACCACCUGUUAUAGGACCACCUGCUGCCAGCCCACCUGCUGUGGCUCCAGCUGCUGCCAGCCUUCCUGCCGUCCAUCCUGCUGUGGCUCCAGCUGCUGCCAGCCUUGCUGCUGCCCCAGUUGCUGCUACACAGCCUGCUGCCGGCCAGCUUGCAGUGGCUGCGUGUACUGCUCGAGAACCUGCUACCAACCAACGUGCUGCUGCGUGCCCGGUUGCCUAGCCAAUAGCUGUGGAACCAGCUGCUGUCAGCCUUGCUGCCGCCCAACUUGCUGUCAGACCACCUGCUGUAGGACCACCUGCUGCCGUCCCAGCUGCUGCAGCCCUUGCUGUUUUUCCAGCUGCUGCCGCCCUUCCUGGUGCUGA